AUGAGCUUGAUACGACCUCAGCAAUACGUGCCGCGUUCGCAAAGUCAAGUCGCAGUCCCCGCGCAAUUUCACAACAAGAGCGCAGAAGAUGAAGCCGAAGCAGGACGCGCUCCGACUUCGGCACUAGGAACGUUCCCUUCGCCCAAGACGCCACGAACCGCUCUCCUGAAUCCUUCGGUCGCGCGCUACUUCCACCACUACAUCACCGACAUCGCCCCGUGGUAUGACCUCAGCGACGCUUCGCUGUCGUUCGGGACAAAACUGCCUGAGAUCGCCCUGGACAGCCCGCUGCCCUUCGCUGCUAUUCUGGCCUUGUCGGCGGUGCACGUCAGCCAAACGACUGCUCCGUCGGCCAAGGCGGCGGCUGAGUUCUAUCACGGCCAUUGUAUUCGUUUGUUGAUUGAGCUGAAGGACGAUGACGAAGAUGAAGCAAAUACGGGGGGAUUAGCGCUUGCGUCGGUGUGUUUGCUCCGUUCAUACGAGAUUCUCAGCGAGGAGAUCGAUCCAAACAGACAUCUUCGAGGGGCAUACUCCUUAGCAGCCUAUCGCAGUCCGCUUGUCGACUACCUGGGAUCCGGAAUGAGAACCGCGGGAUUUUGGAACUACCUCCGCGAAGACAUCACGUUCAGCCUAUUUCAGCGGUGCCCACUCAAGAUUGACUUGGAUCGGAUGCCCUUACCGACGCAGCAUGACACCGAUCAAAGCUAUUUGAACACGGUAUCGCUAAUUCUAGGUCGCAUUAUCAACGCCUGCUUUUCCGGGUUCGUUACUGCGGAGACUUGGGUUCUCCUCUUCGACAUGCUUCGCGACUGGUCCUCGGGCCUUCCGGCUUGUUUCAAACCUUUCUCAAGAGAAGAGCGAGGACUAAGUCUUGUUUUCUCAUCAACAUGGAUGCUAACAGACUGUCAUGCGGCGGCGAUUCACUACAAGCUCGUCUGCGUGGCCGUACUCUGCACCCAUGCAACACCAGUACGGACAAUAGACUUGGUGAGCUUUUUGAGUCUCUCGGAAGAAAUUAGUGCAACCAUGGAAGACAUCCUAGAAAGAUGUGCCUCGGACAUCUGCGGUAUAGCUUUCACCACUAACAUACCCUCCGUCCUGGUCAACUCCUUCGGACCAAUUGCGUACUGUGCAAGAUUCAUCCGCGAGAAAGCCGCCCAGCAAGAGCUCAUCCGUCGUCUCAUGGCCUCCAAGAUGAAAACUUUUGCGCGACCGAUUACCUCCUUACUACACCAGCGCUCAGCAUUCCGCGGCAGUGUCGGCCAGAAGACCCUGGCGUCACUUACACGCCUACCAACCCACCCCGCCAUCAUCCGCCCCUCAGCGGCCGAAGUUCGCGACAACUUCCUCGCACCACGCAAUCUCGAGCUUGCAGUCCGGCACUUGUACUCUGAUGGGUUAGUUGUCGUUGAGGAUGUUGUCCCUCACGAAGACUUAGAUGCUCUGAAUGAGAAGAUGGUCAAGGAUGCGCGGUAUCUCCAAUCCCUCGGUGACAAGGGGCCGUUCAACUACAAUCUCGGUAACCUUCAACAAGAUCCCCCGCCCGUGGCUGAGUUCUUUCACAAAUCGAUCUUCACAAAUCCCAUCGCCACCCAAAUCACUUCCACAGUCCUUGGCCCUCGACCGAAAUGGACCUUCUGCUCAGCCAACUCCGCCAUGCCGCCUCUCCCGGGCUCAUCGCCUCAGAGACAACCCGUACACUCGGACGCCGAUUUCGCGCACCCCUCGCAUCCGUUCGCCCUGGUUAUCAACGUCCCUCUCGUGAGCAUGACACCUGAGAACGGGUCCACGGAGCUCUGGCUUGGUACUCACACUGCUGAUGUCUCGGCCCAAGAGGGUAAGCAUGGAGAAAGGGCCAGCGGACGAAUCAAGGAGGAGCUUCUUGCUCAGAGAAGGGAUGUGAGAGGCCCGUCUCAGCCUGGGGUAAAAAAGGGGAGUAUAGUUGUAAGAGACUUGAGGCUGUGGCAUGCUGGUAUGCCUAACAUGAGCGAGGAGGUGAGAGUGAUGCUUGCCAUGAUACACUUCGCGCCGUGGUAUCGCAACCCGAUGAGGUUGCAAUUUGGGGAAGAUGUGAGACCUCUGCUGGCAGGGUUGGAGAAGCACUUGGAGAUUCCGGUCGAUUGGAUUGAGCAACAGGAGGCUCUCGGGUCAUACCUUGGCCGUGGGUUUGGAAACAGCUACGACUUUGAUCAGGAAAAGUAG